GCGAAAUUUGUUAAAUUCGUGAAAUCUAGAGGUCGAUGAAGUCGUGCAAGUUUUGAUAACAAGAUUGAGUGACGUUAAAAAUGAACUAAAUUAACUAAUUUUCGUACUUUACUUAAUAAUAUAUUGAGGUGACCCAAAUAGCCAAGAUGAAGGAGGGAUUAAACAUAUUAUCGUUACCGAGCCCCACCGAGAGGUACAACCUCGACAAGCAGCUGGGCUCCGGUAUCUUCGGCGAAGUCUUCAAAGCAUCUGACACGCAAGCCGCGGGCAAACCGGUUGCAGUCAAGAUACAAGUGCUCACCGACGAUAAUGAACCACACAUUGAGGAAGAAUACAAAAUCCUAAGAGAUUUCACAAAACAUCAAAACCUUAUAGACUUCUAUGGAGUAUUCCUCGAGAAAGCUGAAGGCCUUAAGAAAAUUUGGUUCAUUUUAGAGCUUUGUGAAUACGGAUCUGUCAUUGACAUUAUCAGAAAACUGAAUACAGCCGAGAGAAAAAUGUCCGAAGAGUACAUAGCCUACAUACUGAAAUAUACGAUCAAGGCCCUCAUUUACUUACACGAGAACAAUGUGAUCCAUCGCAAUGUACGAUGUAGCAACAUCUUGAUAACGAAGGAUGGAGAAAUAAAACUAAGUGACUUUGGCCUAUCGUGCAAGUUAAAGGAAGCGUUUGGGAAGAUCAAAACGUGUAUUGGAUCGCCGAGUUGGAUGGCGCCUGAAGUGGUGGCGAAAGGGAGUGGAUACAGUAAUAGGGUGGAUGUUUGGGCUUUGGGAAUAACGACGAUUGAAAUGGCAGAUGGCAAAGCACCUUUUCAAGAUAUGCACCCGACUAGAGCACUAUUUCAGAUUUUGAGGAAUCCACCACCUAGUUUCUUGAAGCCUGCGAUGUGGACUAACGACAUUAAUGAUUUCGUAACUGAAUGCUUAGAGAAGAAUCCAGAGCACAGGCCGUUUAUAAUGGAAUUGGAGGAGCAUCCUUUUAUUCAAUCCGUUCCUGAAAACGAUUACCAUCUUUCUACUGAGCUUAAGAUGUUAAUAGUGGACUUAGAAGAUAAAGAAGUACCGAGCAAAACGCCGGAGAGAAUAAUUAAAAAUGGCCUUCUUGUAACCGAAGGGUCUAAAGAACCUGAGACUAUGCAAGUGGAAGAUUUAGCAGCUUUAGAAAAUCUAACAGAAGACAACAUAUUAAGUGAACUCCAAACCAAACUUGCGAAAGGUUGUUUUACAUCAUUCAUUGGAGAUAUUCUGCUUAUACUAAAUCCAAAUAUUAAUGAAGAUAUUUACAAUGAAGCGUGGCACAAGAAAUACGAGUGCAAAUCAAGGUCCGAUAAUGAACCUCACAUAUUCGCGGUAGCUGACAGUGCAUUUCAAAACGCUCUACAUCAUAAUGAACCACAACACAUUGUCUUUUCUGGUGAAAGUAAAUCAGGCAAAACCACAAACAUGAUGCACGCAUUAUCACACUUAACGUAUUUAGGGGCAAUGAAGAAUAACACAGGCGAACGAAUUCAAAAAGCAACUAAAGUCAUUCAAACUGCAAUGACAGCAGCAACACAACUGAAUGCUCACUCAACAAGAAGUAUUUUUCAAGUGCAAGUAACUUAUGGCAGUUCCGGUAAAUUAAGUGGCGCUAUAUUUUGGUUAUACCAAUUGGAAAAAUGGCGCGUAUCUUCAACAGACAUGACCCAUGCAAAUUUCAAUCUGUUAUAUUAUUUCUACGAUGCGAUGGAAAAUGAGAACAGGUUAGAGUUUUUCUGUUUAGAGAAAAAUAGAAAGUAUCGAUAUUUACGAAUAUUAGACGAAUCAAUUAAAGGGUCGAAAGGUGUUCGUGAUACUCCCGAAGAAAAUGUAGAAAGCUACAAAGAAUUUAUAGACAAUCUGAAAGCUUUAGAAUGGGAGGAAGAGGACAUCACAACGUUUGAGACUAUUUUGGCUGGUAUACUUGUACUUGGCAAUGUCAGAUUCAAAGAUGGUAAAUAUGGUUCAGCCGAAAUAGAAAAUCCCGAAGAAGCCAAAAAAGUUGCGAAGCUUUUAUCUUUAGAUGUGGUGAAAUUUCUGUGGGCGUUACUAAAUUACUGCUUGAUCGAAAAAGGCACUGCUGUAAAAAGAAAACAUUCUACUGACGAAGCUAGAGACGCAAGAGAUACUUUAGCUAGUGCUCUAUACAAGAGACUAAUUGAUUGGAUGAUUAAUUUAAUAAAUUCGAAACUAUCAUUUAUGCGAUCUGUCUUUGGAGACAAAUACUCAGUAAGUCUACUGGACAUGUUCGGUUUCGAAUGUUAUCAUAGAAACCGGCUGGAGCAACUAAUCGUCAAUACAACUAACGAACAAAUACAAUUUCUUUACAAUCAACGUAUAUUCGCUUGGGAAAUGCAAGAAGCUGCUGAAGAAGAAAUUCCGGCAGUAUCAUUACAUUUCUAUGAUAACAAAAAUGCAGUAGAUCAACUAAUGGGUCGGCCCCUCGGUCUUUUUUAUAUUUUAGAUGAAGCGAGUCGAAUUGGGAGUGGACAAGAGUUUAUAAUGAGUACAAUAAGAACUUCAUGUAAAGGGCCUUAUAUCAAACUUUCUGGAAGUCAUGAAUUCAGCGUCGCCCAUUACACGGGAAAAGUUAAUUACGAUGCAAGAGAAAUGGCGGACAAAAACCAAGAUUUUCUGCCCCCUGAAAUGAUAGAAACUAUGAGAGCUUCUACAAAUAUGACUGUACAACAGCUAUUUAGAAACAAGCUAACUAAGACUGGGAAUUUGACUGUAUCACCAGGUCAAAGUAAGGUUACUGUUGUGCGAUCAAAAUCUGAAAAAGAAGCGGAGAAUACAAAGGCCAGAAAAUAUAAUACAGAAUCUAAGGGUCAAUUCUCACAAGUACACCGAAUGAGAACAGCAGCAGCUACAUACCGCGCUACUAGCUUAGAGAUUCUCAAACAGCUCUCCGUAGGCCCUGGAAGUGGAGGGACACAUUACGUUCGUUGCGUUAGGUCAGAUCUGAGUGAUAACCCCAGAGGCUUCCACACUGAAGUCAUUAGACAGCAAUUGAGGGCUUUGGCUAUUUUGGACACGGCUAAGGCGCGUCAGAGCGGCUUUUCUAGUCGAAUCCCAUUUGCAGAGUUUAUCAGAAGAUACCGAUUUCUAGCUUUCGAUUUUGAUGAGACUGUAGAAGAAACAAAAGACAACUGCAGAUUGUUGCUCAUUCGUCUGAAGAUGGAAGGUUGGGAACUGGGAAAGACAAAAGUAUUCCUAAAGUACUACAACGAAGAAUUUUUGUCCAGAUUGUAUGAGACUCAAGUAAAGAAAAUUGUCAAGGUACAAUCAAUGAUGCGGGCUUUUUUGGCAAGAAAUAGAGCAGCCAAAAGCAAGUCGAAACAAUUGCAUAUUAAAGAAUUGAAGAAACAACAAUCAUUAAACGUAACAGAUGACGAUGCCGCCUUAUUGAUACAAAAGGCUUACAGAGGAUACAUAGUGCGGAAAGCUUACGGCCCUUUAAUAAAUAAAUCAACAGGACAAAUUGAUGAAGAAACAUCUUCGUUUCUAAAGAGGUUUGCUAUGAAAUGGAAGAGCCGUUCCAUUUUCCAAGUCCUUUUACAAUACAGAGCAGUGCGGUAUCAGGACUUAGUGCAUUUCUCACAACAGGUCCACAUUUACAAUCAAGCAGUUUUAGAAUCACUGACAAAUACGAGCAUUUCAGUAUUACUGGAUCGUGUGGAUCCGCAAUCCAAUAAAGACUUCCUAGGAUCAGGGCCACCUACAGUCUGGAAACUGCCUUUCCGAAUCGACCAGUUGCAGUACUAUGACACGUCAUAUAUGUGUGAUCCUUCCGGUAAAAGCAGUGAUACAUUUGCUAAUCAAUACGACUCAGACCACGAACAAUGGGAUGAACCCCUAAAACGCCGCUUCACCUCCGUCGAACCAACAAAGACCACAGCAGGAACACAAACUCUGAUCACCGUACCGUUCUGCAGAGAUCCCACACAACCCGUGGCAAUACUGCCCCCAGAUGACAGACCAAAAACCAUACGGACGCCCUCUUCAAGAGAAGAUGUGAACAGACCAACGGUCUACAAGAAAAAACCAGGCUAUACUCCGAAUUAUUACCAACCCCCCGCGCCAUGGACCCCACGUGAUGACACAAACAUUCUAGAAAGUAGCGUACCAGUAUUGCGCAAAACGAAUUUCAGCAGAAGUCUCUAUGGAGUUGACCAACCUGACAUGAAAGAUCCAAUCAGAGAACUUCAAGCUUUGGCCAAAUCAACCAAUGACGUGAACGAUGAGGAUGACCCACCAUUCAACUUUCAAGCUAUGUUGAAGAAAACGCCUAGAAACAGAGCAUCUAUGAAAAGACACGGGGAGAGAGAGAAUGACAUUUUAGAAAACAAGACCGCUCCUCCAAAACAUAUUCUUUCUGGCGGUAAAAAGUCUCCAGCUCCAGCACCGCCAAGGUGCGCAAAUAAAGAAUUUGUACGAAGAGACUCCAGAGAACUCAUAAUGUCUGCAAUAAAGAAAAGAGAUUCCUGUAACAAUUUGGCUAAUGCAGUGGAUAGCAAGCACAGUGGGAGAAUUGUUCUAGCGCCUGGGAUUACUAUAGAAGGCACAGUUACGGAUUUAUAAAAGGAAAAGCAAAUGUGUUCUGUAAAAAAUAUAUUUAAUCUCCAUUGCGUUGGAAGUCCGCAUACAUCCCUUAUUAAUAAUAUUAUGGCAUAACACUUUUAAGUUUUAAAGCCAUACAGUUACAAUAAUUCAUAAGAAUUUAUUAUUUUCCAUAUCGAAUCAAAUAUAAUUUAUUUUUCAAUAGAGUUAAGUAUAUCGAAUACAAAAUAAAAUUACUUCGACUCAUGGCAUAUAAAAUACACGAUGUUACUUAAAAAUACACAUCUUAGGAAAUAUCACGUUAUUAAUAUAAUAUCAAAAUUAAAUCCACUUAGCUUUAAAAUUUCUUAAUCAAACAUUUGCUUUGGUAACUUAUUAUUACUUAUGAACUAAAGUGGUCAAGUUAGAUCAUUUUAUAUGUCAUAGAAGAUGAGUAGAAACAAAGCUAGAGACAUGUAAAAAAAUUAACAACUAAAACUAAUGUAGUUAAUAGACAACGUGUGAGAAGAACGAUAUAAUGGCUAUAUGCUUCAAAUAGUUCUAUGAUAUUCCCAUUGAAGGAACUAACAGUUUUUGCCAGUAGUUCUAUUUUAGCAGUAUCUUCAGCUCUUGUAAAGGUACUACAGGGAAAAACAGUCGCAACUGUACCUUCAAAGGAACUUUCAGGACAACCAGGAGCAAAACACAAUUUUGCUCUAGUGUGCUUCAAUAAUAUCUAUACAUAAGUUUAUUUACUUACUAUGUCUUGUUAUUAUUUAUUAUGGGCAAAUUUAUGUAUAGUAGAAAAUAACUGUUACAGGUUAGCUGGUCAAAGAAAUUUUCUUAAUAGAGGCCUGUUCGUUUUAAAACUUCAUACAUUCUUGCAAGUCAUAUUCUAAUAGUAAUUUCCAUGUUUUAUGUAAUAAUCGUGAAGCUCUUUAUAUUCAUUUGUACAGUUUGAUAUGUCCCCAUUUUCCUCAUGUAAUAGAUAAAAAACUGAGCAUUGUUAAUUAAUACCUUAGUUUUAUGAUCACAAAGUUGCAACUGCCUUACAUUAUUUCGUAUAGAAUAUGCACUCAUAUAUAAACAAU